ACCCUCUGACACUGAGACUUUUAUUAUGAAGCCGAGAUCUCCGACUCUUAUAACGUGUUCCUGUUUCUAUCAUGGCCGGUGGCACGACGUUUCAUUGACGCAACAUGCGCGAACUUAAAAAACAAGAACGGUAACGGAGGGGAAAAAUGGCAUUUUCAGAAGAUUUGUUAGCUGAAAGGAACAAAUUACAGAAUGAGAUUGUGGCCCUUGAGAGCAAUCUGGAUGAUGGCAGUAACCUUGCAGAUUUGCUGUCUUCAGACAGAGACAAUGAUGAGGAGUCUGAUGACAGUGGACACGCAGGAGAGGUUGUUGCACACAAUGACCUGGAAGCAGAGCGAAAUAAGAUACAGAGAGAGAUCGAAGAGUUAGAGCGAACACUCGGGGCAGAUGCCGCUCUGGUUGAUGCCCUCACAGACAGUGAACAUGGCAGUCUUGUGGAUUCCGAUAGUGAUGUCGAUUUGGACCUCCCUCAAGAUUUGGAAACGUGUCUUCAGAUGAACUUGGUGUAUCAGGAGGUGCUGCAAGAAAAAUUAGCUGGUGUAGAGAGGCUUCUUAGUGAAAAUCGUGAACAGCAGAAAGAGCUUGAAGAACAGCUUUCUGGACCAUCAUAUGUUUAUUCUGGCCUGCCUCAUCUCAAACUCUUCCUUGGCAGCUUCAUGAAACCGUAUUUUAAAGACAAGUUGACUGGUUUGGGCCCUCCAGCUAAUGAAGAAACUAAAGAGAGGUUGUCUCAUGGGACCAAGACUUGCGAUGAAAUGAAAAUUCGAAGAUGGGAGCCAUGGCAAAAGACCUUGCUGAUCAACUCCGUAGUCACGGACACUAUGAAACGAAUGUUACAGCCAAAACUGUCAAAGAUGGAGUACUUAACUGCAAAGAUGUCUAAAGCGAAUAAUGCAGAAAAAGAAGAAAUACAGAACCAAAUUGCUCUUUUAGAGAAUGACAUCACAAAAAUCAGAUCACUAAAGGAAGAUCAGCUAUAUGGGGAUCGCCAUGACGACCAUGAUUGGGAUAAAAUAUCAAAUAUUGAUUUCGAGGGCCUUCGGCAACCUGAUGAUCUGAUGAGGUUCUGGCAGAAUUACCUGCAUCCCUCCAUCAACAAAUCCACAUGGAGUCAGGAUGAGAUCGCCAAGCUCGCAGAUGCUGCAGAAGAGCACAAGUACUGCCACUGGGAACAAAUUGCAGAAUCUCUUGGGACCGGUAGGACAGCUUUCAUGUGUUUCCAGACAUAUCAGCGGUACAUCUCUAAACGGUUCAGGAAGAGAGAGUGGAGUAAAGAGGAGGACCAGGUCUUCUUGGAGCUCAUAGAAAAGAUGAGGAUUGGCAACUUCAUACCGUAUACUCAAAUAUCAUACUUUAUGGAAGGUCGUGAUAGUUCCCAGCUCAUCUACCGUUGGACAUGUGUUCUGGAUCCAUCAAUAAAGAAGGGACCUUGGACAAAAGAAGAGGAUAAGUUACUUCUGAAAGCUGUAAAGAAGUAUGGCUGCAAGGAGUGGUGGAAAAUUAGACUGGAAGUACCUGGAAGGACGGACAAUUCAUGCAGAGAUAGAUAUCUGGAUUGCCUCCAAGCUAAUAUAAAGAGAGGUGCAUGGAGUGAAGAAGAAGUGGAACUGCUGAAAAAACUUGUAGAGAAACAUGGUGUUGGUAAAUGGUCUAAAAUCGCUGCUGAAAUUCCAAACAGGGUUGACAGCCAGUGUUUGAACAAGUGGAAAUGGAUGAUGCAGAAAGCUAAUAAACAAGGUGUGAAGAGAGCAAUAGGAAAAAUAGAUCAGAAAAAUAUGAGCCACAGUCAAAAAAGAGGUGCACAAGGCAGCAAAAGCUCAGCUCAGCGAAAGAUGAUGAUUUUCACACUGAAAGCGACAGCUCUGAAGAUGAAAAGGAACAAGUGCCGUACAUGGAUAGCGAUAGUGAACAAGCAGGAGAAGCAGAUCUCUUCAGACGAGAACUGUAAACUAGAAUACGUCCAGCCAGUCAUGAAGGAAUGGAUUCCUGCAUGUGAGAACAAUCUGGUACAUUCUUCCGGGAAAGUGAAAACCAUAUUGGUAAGGCUGCCCACUGAGCCAGAAGAGUGUGCCAGAGGUAGUGUCCGGAACACCGUUCUGGACAGAUUGGGAAAACCUGUGAAGACUUAUGUUGGCAUGGAACCACCUGCUUUAGAAAAAUGCAGUAAUUUAAGCAGUGAGCAUGCCUUGAUCAUGGUGUCUGAAUGUGAGGUUAGACGCUUCCUGAUUUGCAUGAAAUCAUCUGUCAUGAAUUCGAGAACACUAAAAUCCAAAGACAGCUUGUCUUCAUGUGCAAAACAGAAGGAUGCCAAAAAGGAUGGAGAGAAAGGUAACAGUACAAUGGAAAGCGGUCAAAGAAGAAGAUGUAAAUCUGUCCACAAGGCCACAGCCAACACCCAGCUAAACUAUGAUCUCAUGUUAGCCAUUACUCCAUGGGUCGGCAACGUGGUAAUGCCUUUACCUUUCAAUGAGAGGCGGGUUUGUGAAGCUGACAUUGUUGGAAAACGAGCAGCAAAUGUCCCUCUUGUAAAAACAACUGUGUUUUUGCUUUUUCUGCAGGCUCUUAAAAUUGAUGUUGAUGGAUGCAAAAAAGUCAUUCAAGCCCGCAAUGACAAAAUGUCCAUGACACCAGGACCUAAAUCAAGACCUUAUUCAGCCACGAAGCCAACUUUAGGUUCCUCUCGUUGUGGUAAGACUGUAGCAGACUUACUUGCUGAAAAAAAAGCACAGCGUAAAAAACAGUCUGGGCCCCUGCAGAUCCCUGGGUUGUUUGGACCCCAGCUACUUCCACAGCCAGCUAAAAUCCCAAUCCCUCCACAGUCUCAUCAGAGAGGGAAAACAAAACGGUCUGCUAGUCAGCAAAUAGAUGCUGCUUUGAUACUUCCCCAGACUUUCAUUGUUACCCAGCCAAAUACAGAUAACAUAGCAGGCAAUACACAUAAUGUGAUACAGGGAAUUUCACCUGUUCUGCAAUUGGGUACAGAAGAUGCAUCAAAAAUUCCUCAGCCAGUACUACAUUUGGAAAUACCAGUAGAAUCUGGGAUGGAGACCCACAAAGCAUUCUGUCCCACAACCACACUGUCCACACCUGGACCACCUACAAAGGCAUCAAAGGAAGUGGGCUCUGCAAAACGCAAGCACAAACCCACUAUGAAAGCUCAAGCUUUGAUGGCCGAUGCAAAAACCAAGCUCUCCAAGAAACAGGCAGCUAAAAAAGAAGAAAAUAGUAGUGUAAACCAGACAGUAGCUUUACUACCACAAACUACAGCCUGGAUUCUCACUCCUGCUGGUUUAAUGCCUGUUGCUGAAAAUCAGAUACAAGCUCCUGGCAUCCCUGGUCAUGAAAACCAGGUGAUACCAAACAAGACUCAGAUGGUAUUUCAGCCACCUGUGACAAUCAACCAGGGUAAAUGUGUUGCACCGACCAAUGCUAAGACACCAAGCAAUCCAGCAUCUGACUUAACUGAAAUAGAUACUGGAUCUCUAAAUGCUGGAUCAUAUCUUGUCUCAGACAACCACAUUGUUUCUUCACUUCCCCAUUUUUCUAAUUUCCCUGUUGUCCUUUCAGUCACAAAUAUAGUUGGUGUUCCUCAAGAUCUUUCUAACACAAAUGUGCCAACAUCCAUUACACUAUCUGCAGAUCAGUCUUCUAAAACUGGGAAUCCCAAGUCUUCUCUAGUUUCUGUUUCAUCCUCCCCUGUAGAAACAAGUCAAAACCUAACAGCGUCAUGUAAUGCAGAUGCAACCAACAAGGUUCUCAAAGUUUCUGUCACAAAUACAUCUUCUAUCACUUCUGCCUAUCCAAUGAACAUUACUGAUCCUGGUACCAAUUCUGGUCCUCAGACCCAAAAAACGCCACAUCCUGUUGCUCAGCCUGUAUUUCAGCAACCAAUCAUAAUAAACCAAAAUGGUUUCCUGGCACUAAUCAACACUGCUGGACCUUGCCAACCUAAUGCACCUAAUGCCUCUUCAGCUGCUACUAUAAAUGUAACUGGAGCUCCAACUACCUCUACAUCAUGUAAUAUCAAUAAGAGUCUACCAAUGUGUUUUAAUAUACCUAUCAGUCCUGUGACCACCAGUCAUCAAAUUAUGCCUCAAACAAUGCAGCAGAAGACGGCCCACCACACCAAAACACAAAUUGUUCAGAAAGCAGCUACAGUAUCUACACCCAGACCUAAGCAAAUGACUUUUGAGCCUAGCUUGGUGUUUUUCGAACAACCAGCACAAGUGAAAAACUGGAUGAAUGGCAAUGGUGGGAUUUCACUUCCUGGCCUAGAAAACAAAAUGCCUUAUCUUCCACCAUUUGUUAGUAGUAUUAAUACAUUGACUAAUUUGCUCAAAGGAAAAGAUUCUUUGUUAAAGUCAGCAGUGCAGAUUCUGCCGGAAGAGCACAGAGAUAACAGUGACGAAGACGCUAAGAUAGCUGCUGUACGCAAGAUGGUGUCUGAGAGAUUAAAAACCAACCAAGCAUAUUUGCUUCUGAAGGCUCGCUUUUUGUCAUGCUUCACCUUACCUGCCCUCUUGGCCACUAUAAAUCCACGUGUACAGUCGGCAGAUGCUCCAGAUCUGGAAGACGGUAUAGAUAAAGUCAAGACAAAACAGUUUGGAGAUGAUCAGCUCAGCCCAAUGGGGUCUCUACUCAACUGGAAAGAAAGUGAAUUAACAGCAACACAGUUUCCUGGGAGAGAGUCAAGAAAUCAAACUGACAGUCAUAAAAGUGCAUAGCAUAUUAUGUAUAGAAAUUUUUAUUUUUAUAAGGACAAUAUAUUUAAUGACAAUAUUGAAAAACAAUUGUAAAAAAAUAUCUAAUGUAUUUUUAUGAUUUUGUUUAUAGAGAAAUAUAAGGCAAAAUUUCUAAUAAAAUGUUUGCAAAUCAA